GUCUUACACAAGUCUGCUGUUUACUGUUUAGUCACAUGCGAUUGAUCUAACUUCAGUUUGGUUUUUUGAAGUUGUUUCUGUUUUCAUUCAGAAUUUCAGAAUUUCUUCAAUUAGUUUCUCUCUGGUUUCAUUCUAUCAUUAUCGUUUGUGAGCCGGAGAAAAAAUUGUAAACAUCAUUUGACGGUGAUGUCUCGUAAUGUUUCCGUUGAUCCGCGUUACAGCGAAGGCGAACUGUCUGAUAGUCCAGAUUUCCAAGCUGUAAAAGAAAUGGAUGAAUAUGAAUCAAGCCUAUCACUUUCUGAAGAUGAACAGCUUUGCGAUACACUAUCAAUCAAACCACCACAACCCCAAGCCGAUUUUUCUGGAGAGGACAAAGCAAGAAGACACAAAGAGCAAAGCUCUACCUACAUCCAAAGCCAUUCACAUCGAGGUUCUGGUAGAGCCAUUAAAAGUAGUGUUUCAAAAGAUGGGAAAAAAGACACUCACAACACCGAUGGUAAGGAUAGGCAUGAUUCAAAAUAUGAAGACAGGCAUGUGAAAGACUCUAGAAAAGAAGAUUUGCGAGAAAGGCUCGAACGAGAUAGAAGAUCCAGGAAGAACAAAGACAUGGAUGUAUAUUAUGAAAAUAGAGACUCCGAUAGUAAAAGACAACAUGAUGUCCGUGGGGCAAGAAGAAAUGAACGAAAGCUUAAGCCUGAUGAUGCCAAAUUUGAUGAUAAGCUUGAAUUCAAAGAUCAUGGUUACAAAGAAAUAAGCAAACGGAAAAAACAACAAACAGAGCGGAACAUCAUAAUUAGCAGUCCAGAAGAAGUUCAAAUAAAAAUCGAGAGCAAGAAAAUGAGCAAAGAAAAUAUUCUUGCUUCAAAAAUCUUAUCUGAAGAAAGUACUGAUGAUGACAGCAGCAGCUCUUCUAAGUCGUCAAGUAUCCAUAAUGAAGGCUCUUCAAUUGUUGGAGAAAACGAAAAACUCUCAAGUCCACAUUCAUUGCAUGAUGAUCGUGAAGAGCCAGAAGAAAAGCGAAGAAAAAGUGAAUCAGGUUCUAUCGAGGAGUUUAGCAGGACGGAGAUAACGCAUACGUCAUUGAACGUUCCGGAACCUAAAGAAGAACUUCCCCCUUACUUACCGGCUAUCAUGGGCUGCCGCAGCGUGGGUGAAUUCCAAUGCCUCAACAAAAUUGAAGAAGGCACGUAUGGAGUAGUUUACAGAGCCCAAGACAAAAGAACCGACGAAAUUGUUGCUUUGAAACGUUUAAAGAUGGAAAGAGAGAAGGAAGGUUUUCCUAUAACAUCUUUACGCGAAGUCAGCACCUUACUGAAAGCACAACAUGAAAAUAUUGUAACCGUUCGCGAAAUCGUUGUGGGAAGUAAUAUGGAUAGCAUUUUUAUGGUGAUGGACUACGUGGAACACGACCUAAAAUCUCUAAUGGAAGUGUUGAAGUCAAAAAAACAAUCUUUCCUGCCUGGUGAGGUUAAGUGUUUGCUGCAACAGCUUUUGCGUGCUGUGGCCCAUCUCCAUGAUAAUUGGAUUCUCCAUCGUGAUCUCAAAACAUCGAAUAUUCUCUUGAGUCAUUCGGGUAUCUUGAAAGUGGGGGAUUUUGGUCUAGCUCGAGAGUAUGGUUCCCCUUUAAAGGCGUAUACCUCUAUCGUUGUAACUCUAUGGUAUCGGGCUCCAGAGCUGCUACUUGGAGUAAAAGAGUAUUCAACGCCCAUCGAUGUUUGGUCCGUUGGUUGUAUUUUUGGUGAGCUACUUACUCUUGAUGCAAUUUUUCAAGGGAAAUUUGAAGCUGAUCAGAUUAACAAAAUAUUUAAGGAACUAGGAACUCCAAAUGACAGUAUUUGGCCUGGCUACAGUGAAUUGCCUUUUGUAAAAAAGGCUUCAUUUACAAAUAAUCCUAUAAGCAAUUUACGUAAGAGAUUUUCAUCUCGCCUAAGCGAACUAGGAGUGGAUUUAAUGCAAAAAUUUUUGACCUACGAUCCAUCGAAACGCAUUACCGCUGAAGAAGCCUUGAAUCACACUUACUUGAAGGAACCUCCCUUCCCAAUACACCCGUCUAUGCUCCCAACCUGGCCAGCAAAAAGCGAAGCAAAUGGAGCUCGUAAAGCCCAAAGCCCAAAACCUCCUUCCGGUGGCAGAGCGUACAAACAACUAAACGAAGAAGUAGACGUAGACUCCAACACAGGAUUUCACAUGGGGAAUGCACAGGUUGAUCGUAGAACGAAUCUUUUAGGUCCCGGAUUCAGCUUGAAAUUCUAACUUUUCUAUCUAAAUGGGCUCGUUCAAAAUAAAUUGAUGGCGUUUUUUUUAAUAGUAUCAAA